CCGUUGGAGCGCGGCCGGGGCUGAGGCGGCCCCGCCGGCCCUGGAGCCACCCGGACCCCGCGGGAACCCACCGGGACCCCUCGACCGCGGCCCGGGACAGGUCGUCGGUUAAAUGUUUGGAGAAGGAACCGAGCCCAGGAAAGUGGGAGCUGCCCAGAGAGGCUCCUCAGUGUGAUCCAGGAUGAUUGAGGAGAGUGGGAAGAGGAGGAGGACCAUGGCAGAGAAGAGGCAGCUGUUCAUGGAAAUGAGGGCUCAGAACUUCGAUGUCAUCCGGCUCUCCACGUACCGAACCGCCUGCAAGCUGCGCUUCGUGCAGAAACGCUGCAACCUUCACCUUGUUGAUAUCUGGAAUAUGAUUGAAGCCUUCCGAGAUAAUGGCCUUAACACUUUGGAUCAUAACACAGAGAUCAACGUGUCCCGGCUAGAAACAAUCAUUUCAUCCAUCUACUACCAGCUAAACAAACGCCUUCCUUCUACUCACCAGAUCAGUGUAGAGCAGUCCAUCAGCCUGCUCCUCAACUUCAUGGUAGCAGCAUAUGACAGCGAGGGCCACGGGAAGCUGACGGUGUUCUCAGUGAAAGCCAUGCUGGCCACCAUGUGUGGUGGGAAAAUCCUGGACAAACUCAGAUAUAUUUUCUCUCAGAUAUCAGAUUCCAACGGACUAAUGAUAUUUACCAAGUUUGACCAGUUUCUGAGGGAGGUUCUGAAGCUCCCCACGGCCGUGUUUGAGGGGCCCUCCUUCGGCUACACGGAGCAUUCCGUGAGGACCUGCUUCCCUCAGCAGAAAAAGAUCAUGCUAAACAUGUUUUUGGACACGUUGAUGGCUGAUCCUCCCCCCCAGUGCCUUGUGUGGCUCCCUCUCAUGCACAGACUCGCCCAUGUUGAAAAUGUCUUCCACCCCGUGGAGUGCUCGUACUGCCACUGUGAGAGCAUGAUGGGGUUCCGGUACCGGUGCCAGCAGUGCCACAACUACCAGCUCUGCCAGAGCUGCUUCUGGCGAGGCCACGCCAGCGGCCCCCACAGCAACCAGCACCAGAUGAAGGAGCACUCCUCCUGGCUUAAAAAUCCCCAAACACUGCCCUUGCUGUCCUGCCCAGAAAGGUAACCAGUUCCCAUGGAUGCUGUGCUUACACAGGUAUUUUAUCCAGUGGCACCUUUAAAGACAGUAUUUCUUUAAGAGAAAAACACAUUAUUGCCAUUCUCCUGCCAGGUGUAAAUAUGUGCCUGGAAAACUCUUAAUUGAAAAACCUUAAAGAAAUCAUCUGAGCAAUAACAUGCAGCUUGAUAAUCACAGCUCAAGAAAUAAUGGACAGUUUUAUGCAGAAAAACCUAUUUUAUGGCAAAAGAUUAAAGCCAAACUUUUACUUAAAUUCAAAGAGAAGUUCAAAUGGUGAUUGGAUUAUAAUUAGUAAUUAUCUUCACAAGAAAGUGCCAUUAUAGCAUUGCUGUUAAAUUUAGAAAAUUGGGGCUGGAUACCAGUCAGGAGUCGGGAGAGAAAGGAAAAUUUAGCCUUAAAUAUUGUCCUUUUUAUAACUCUGUGGGUAUUAAACUUGUGGAAUGUUUAAUCUGAGCUAAGAGUAGGUUAUUAUUAUCCCCUUAAAGUGUACAUAAAUCCAGUCUGGGAUUUUUAGUAUGAAGGUGUAUCUAAGCCAUAGAAUUCCAGACUGGUUUGGGUGGGGAGGGACCUUCAGGCUCAUCCACCCCCUGCCACUAUCCCAGGUUGCUCCAAGCCCCCUCCAGCCUGGCCUUGGACACUGCCAGGGAUUUCAGGACGUGGUAAGGCAACCAGAAGGAGGCUAAAAUACUCCUGGCUCUAGCUCCAGAAACUGAUUUCUGAGCCUUUUGAACCAUUUGCUGCUUAUUUCAGGCAAAAAAGUGUUUAAAAUGGGCUGAAGAGUUCAGGGAUGUAUGAAAUUGUUUAUAGGAGACUGGGCUGUCUCCCAUAAACUGAGCCUGGAAGAGGGACCUUUGAGAGAGAGAUCUUUUCCAUAUCCAUUUCUUUGGAUUCUUUAACUUCUGCCACUCUUACGUGUUGACUUCACAAAACCUGAAAAUGAAUCCUGAUUUUAAAAAAGCAUGUCCUGGUGUUGGAUGUGGACUGUGCUGCUGGUUCAGUGACUCCCCUGUGUGUUUGCUCCACAAGAAUUCCUUGGGGGAAAGCCCAAGUGCUCCAGCUGAGCAGGUGCUCUGGGACAGGCAAACCAGGGAUUGGCUGUUCCCAGGUUUUCAGUGCAGCCACAACUGGUUCAGUCUUGCCUGGUGUAUUUUGGAGCCAUGUGACCUAGAAUAAGUACUAAUAAUAAGUACCUCAUACUUAUUAUUAAUGUUAUUAUUAACACACUUAUUAGUAAUUAUGCUUAUUGGGAAUGUUAUUAUUAAUACACUUAUUAUUAUAGGUUCUUUCUUCUGAAGUUCUGAACUGCCUUUGGUAGCUUUUUCAUGCUGUAAAUCACAUAAU